AUGCCUUCCGCAACCGGCAGGGACUGGGAGAAAUACCAGAAGAAGUUUGCGGACGACGAGAUCGAGGAGAAGAAGAUUGCACCGUUGACAGAUGAGGAUAUCCAGGUCCUCAAGACCUACGGAGCCGCCCCUUAUGGCGCGGCACUCAAGAAGCUCGAGCAGCAAAUAAAGGAGAAGCAGCAGAGUGUGGACGAGAAGAUUGGCGUCAAAGAGUCUGACACGGGUCUUGCCCCGCCACAUCUGUGGGAUGUCGCCGCAGACCGGCAACGCAUGUCUGAAGAGCAGCCGCUCCAGGUGGCCCGCUGCACGAAGAUUAUUGCGGAUGAGCUCGACGACUCCAAGAGCAAGUACGUGAUCAACGUCAAGCAGAUCGCCAAGUUUGUCGUUCAGCUCGGCGAGCGUGUUGCCCCCACCGACAUUGAGGAGGGCAUGCGCGUCGGUGUCGACCGCAACAAGUACCAGAUCCUGCUGCCAUUGCCACCCAAGAUCGACGCCAGCGUGACCAUGAUGACGGUCGAGGAGAAGCCCGAUGUGACCUACGGUGAUGUCGGUGGCUGCAAGGAGCAGGUCGAGAAACUGCGCGAGGUCGUCGAGAUGCCGCUGCUGUCGCCCGAGCGGUUCGUCGAUCUGGGUAUUGACCCGCCCAAGGGUGCACUGCUGUACGGCCCGCCCGGUACAGGCAAGACACUUUGUGCGCGUGCUGUGGCCAACCGUACGGAUGCCACAUUCAUCCGCGUCAUUGGCAGUGAGCUUGUGCAGAAGUACGUUGGCGAAGGCGCGCGCAUGGUGCGUGAGCUGUUUGAGAUGGCACGGACAAAGAAGGCCUGCAUUAUCUUCUUUGACGAAAUCGACGCCAUCGGCGGUGCCCGUUUCGAUGACGGUGCAGGUGGUGACAACGAGGUGCAGCGCACGAUGCUGGAGCUGAUUACGCAGCUGGACGGUUUCGAUGCACGUGGCAACAUCAAGGUCAUGUUCGCGACGAACCGUCCAUCCACACUGGACCCUGCGCUGAUGCGUCCGGGCCGUAUCGACCGCAAGAUUGAGUUCUCUCUGCCCGACCUCGAGGGCCGCGCCAACAUCCUGCGGAUUCACGCCAAGAGCAUGUCGGUGGAGCGGGACAUCCGGUGGGAGCUGAUUUCGCGGUUGUGCCCCAAUGCGACGGGUGCUGAGCUGCGCAGUGUGUGCACGGAGGCUGGUAUGUUUGCCAUCCGUGCCCGACGGAAGGUUGCAUCAGAGAAGGACUUUUUGAGUGCGGUGGACAAGGUCAUCAAGGCGAACCUCAAGUUCAACUCGACGGCAUCAUACAUGCAGUACAACUAA